UUCAUUCGACCAUUCAACGUGUUCGAGAUACUUGUAGUUUUCUCGAAGUGUAUUUGGGCUCAGUUGCUUUUUCAAGUGUGAUUUUGUUCUAGUGUUGUGAUAUAAAUCCAUUUCAAAAUGGCCAAAAGCUUGAGGAGCAAAUGGAAAAGGAAAAUGAGGGCCAUUAAGCGAGAAAAAAUGGAUGUCAAAGUUCUGGCAAGAAUGAAUAAAAUGCUUGUUGAAUCCGCUGCGGAAGCCAAGUUGGACGCUCAAGAAGAAAAAUACAAGCAGAAAAUGAAGAAAGACAAAGCAGGAGAAGCUGAAGAAAUGGCAGAGGCCCCUGCCAUUGAUCCCCCUGCUAGUGAAUCUCCUGCUGAAGCCCAAGAAGGGUCUAUGGAGGUGGAAGGAGAUGACUCUUCAUUUGCAUCAGAUAAUGAUGUUCAAAGAAAAUUCCGCAAACCCAAUUUGAAGACAAUGAGGAACGAAAAGAACCAAUUUCCUAGCUGGAUGUCGACAAAGAAGAUUAAGUACCACAAGAGGCUUACCAAGAGGAGUGCCAAGCGAAAUACAAAGGAAGCAAAGAAAAACAAGAUAUGGAAAAGAGCAUGUGCUUCAGUGUAGAACUGCAAGAGUCCAAUAUGUAUUUUUGUUCACGUGACACACACUUACACAAACAUUCAACACAUUAAAAA